CGGCCCGGCGCGCCACCUCCGCCGGGCGAGAGGAGGAGCCGCGCUCCGAGCGGGAGGAGUCGGGAGCCGGCGGAUUUCCUGGGCCCGGCGCGCCAGGGGACCAUGGCGUUUGGGAAGGGCCACCGGGACCCCUACGCCACCUCCGUGGGCCACCUCGUAGAAAAAGCUACAUUUGCUGGUGCUCAGACUGAAGACUGGGGUCAGUUCAUGCACAUCUGCGACAUAAUUAACACCACCCAGGAGGGGCCAAAAGAUGCAGUGAAAGCCUUGAAGAAAAGGAUUUCCAAAAACUACAAUCAUAAAGAAAUCCAACUUACCUUGUCACUUAUUGAUAUGUGCAUGCAGAACUGCGGGCCAAGCUUCCAGGCUCUGAUUGUGAAGAAGGAAUUCGUUAAAGAUAGUCUAGUUAAGCUGCUGAACCCCAGAUACACCUUGCCAUUAGACAUUCAAAAUAGAAUCUUGAAUUUCAUUAAGACGUGGUCACAAGGUUUCCCGGGAGGGGUGGAUGUAAGUGAAGUGAAGGAAGUGUACCUUGACCUGCUUAAGAAGGGUGUUCAGUUUCCUCCCUCGGGUGCAGAAGCUGAAGAAGCAGCAAGACAGGAGACUCCGCGGAUCUCAUCGAGUCCUCCAACCUCUGUCCCGACGGCACCAGCUCUUUCUCCUGUAAUUACUCCCAAGAAUACAACUAUUACGCUGGUCCCAGAACAGAUUGGAAAACUGCACAGCGAACUGGAUAUGGUGAAAAUGAAUGUGAGGGUGAUGUCUGCCAUACUGGUGGAGAACACUCCCGGGUCUGAGAACUCUGAUGACUUAGAGCUGCUACAGAAACUUUAUAAGACGGGUCGGGAGAUGCAGGAGCGGAUCAUGGACCUGCUUGUGGUGGUAGAGAAUGAAGAUGUAACCGUUGAGCUCAUUCAGGUGAAUGAAGAUUUGAACAAUGCCAUUCUGGGCUAUGAGAGGUUUAUUCGAAACCAGCAAAGGCUCUUGGAGCAAAAGAAGUGCCAGAAUGGAACUGCCCAUACCUCCAGCGAGCCUUCUGCCCCAUCUUCUGAUCUUCUUGACCUGAGUCCCGGCCCCAUGAUGCCUAUGACCACUCAAGCAGACUUCAACAACAUGAACGCUCAGCUUUCAGACUUAAGUUUCAGCUCUUCAAGUCCUAUUGUAACAAACAACUCAAAGUCCAGUCUUUAUCCACAUGUGGAUUUGCUAGCCUUGGAAAAUACAGAACUAUCCCUGUUUGCCCAGCGGACCAGCCAAAACCUCACUUCAAGUCAUGCAUAUGCUAAUUUGCCGCAGCACUCAAGUUCAGGGCUAUUACAGCCAGUUAGUCCACAGAGCGCCACCGCAGCGUCAUCGCAGCAGAGGCCGCCGUCCCUGCCUCACAAUCAUCCAGCAAUGACAAAGAGUGACCUCCAGCCACACAAUUACUACGAGGUAAUGGAGUUUGAUCCCUUAGCUCCUGCUGCCGCUGAAGAAGCUAUUUAUGAGGACAUUGAUGUUCAUCUCUACAAAGAAGCUCCAAAGUAACAGUAACUACUGAGGUUAAAGUGGUGAUCGGCUCAUUAGCACCACAGGGCUGCCAGUUUCCUAAAGACUAGCCCUUGUCCAGCUUUGAGCCCUGGAAGACAAGACCUACCAACACGAGAAAGCCACGCCUGACCGACUCUUCUGCUCUCAUGAGGCUUAAACAGAAGUGUAACAGUUCCUGGGUAACAUUCAUGGUUCCUGACAACACUCAAGAUUUACUUCAGUAGAACAUGGGUGUAAAAGUACUGACUUAAAACUUGAAGAAAAAUUACUUAGUACUUAGCCAACCAGUUUAGUCACAGUAUCUUUUCUACAUAUAGAAAUAGAUCACACAGCUGUAAUAAAAGUAGAUGAAGAUGUAAGCAGGAAAUGUGAGAAACCAAAUUAUUCAGCAAGAACACUGAGUGCCUUCACUGAACUAAAAUUGAAUGUAAAAAUCAAUUUGCACUUCUUUAUAAAUGAUACUUUGGUUUAGAGCUGUUAUAAAGACUUGAUGAUUGUAGUUUAAUUAUCUCUCAAGUGCCCUCAACAGAUCACUAGACUUUGCAACAAAUGGCCUUUAAGUAUGAUUCUUUAUAAUGCUAAAAUGUUUUCCUUUUUACUAUAAUUAAUAUUUCUAUUUGGAAAAAAGACUACUGGUAAACAUUCUGAAUAAACUGCGCAUUCACUUACAUACAUUACAAUGACAAAUAAAUACUAAAAUAAUUUAAUAAAAUUUUUUUUACAAAA